UUCGUUGGCCGUCCUCUCCAUUCCCCCCGCCUCAAUCUUACGAGUCUACUAAUUCUCCGCAAUUUUAUCUUCUUGGGUUUCUUUUUAUUUCCUUGUUUCUGCCCCAAAAAUGCUGAAUUACCCCAGGCCAAGGGUGGUUCGUUUCAUGAUCCUGAGGUGGCUUUAGUUGAAGGUUCAGCUGUCCAUUCUCGAUGGGACUUUGCUGGACUAAGUUAAAUACAGGAAAUGAUGCACAUUCUCAAUUGCCUACUGCAGAGCUCGCCUACAGAAAUGUCCAUCUCGUAACCACUGUGGAUAAGUGGGAAGAAAAGUUGUCAGAAGCGAACAGGGAUGGCAAAAUAGUUGUGGUCAAUUUCAGUGCAUCAUGGAGCAAUCCUUGUAGAUCCAUUGCACCUGCCUACAAUGAACUUGCAGACAAAUAUCCCUUCAUGCUAUUCUUGACAGUGGAUGUAGAUGAGUUAGCCUUUGGAACAGGAGCUCAGUAAUUCGUGGGAAAUCAAAGCCACUCCUACGAUUUUCUUCCUCAGAGAAGGCAAAAUGGUAGACAAACUCGUAGGUGACAACAAACAAGAUCUCCAAAAGAAGACAAUGGCCAUUGCUGAAUCUUGUUCAGAUCUGACAACCCCAUGAUUGAGUUGCCUGUCUUCCGAAUGUCUGAGGCGUAUAUCAAUUUUCUUCAGCAAUUUUGAUACUCUAAUCUUUGGUACUGCAAAGAACAUCACUUUAGUUCAAGUAGAAUAACUUUCCAUGGGAAAAUGAAGAUAUUGGGAAGAGGAAUGAAGAUUUUUACAAGAAACUACUGUCCAAGGAUGAUGAUGUACCAAACAGUAAUUGAAACCCUUUUCAUUUUUGUUUUAUCUUCAAGCGAUAUUACUGCAUCAUAAA